AUGCCGUCGUUGUCCUGGGGUACCGGGAGACGCCGUGUCCUGAGCGUCCUGUCUCUAUGGAGACGACAACAUGGCGGCAGAGUGAGUUCUGAGGGUUGGUCCCAGGACCAGGGGAACAGCGCGAGUGGCCACCGAAGGUGGCUGAUGCUCAUCCAGGCAGCCUCAAGCCCCCUGAUGAAGACGAGGGACAGCGGGGACUGCACCAUGAACUCCGGCUCCUGCCUGAGCACCAGCACGGUGGCCGUCCCCACUGUCACUGGCAGCAGUGUGGCGCUGAGUGCCUGCAGCAGCAACACCAGUGCCCGCCCUGCCAGCUUGACGGACACUCGCAUGUGCUUCUCAAAGAAGCAAGACAAAGUGAAGAAGAGGGUCAUCUGGGGCAUUGAGGUGGCCGAGGUGCUGCAGUGGCAAGGCUGGACACUCGGGAAGGAGAUCACCAAGAGCCUGGCUCUGAAAAAUCUGUCCUUGAAAACCCAAAAGAUGACGUACAGGUCCCCCAAGACCAAGUUCUUCUUCACAGUCAUCCCCCAGCCCAUCUUGCUGAGCCCGGGCAUAACCUUCACACUCCCCAUUAUCUUCCGGCCUCUGGAGGAGAAGGAGUACAUGGACCAGCUCUGGUUUGAGAAAGAAGAGGGAAUGUUCUGUGUGGACCUGAGGGCCACCCUGCCUUGCCACAGUCUGAUCUGCCCACCGUCCCUGCAGUUGCCCAUGUGUGCCGUGGGGGACACAGCCGAGGCCUGGUUCUGCCUGGAAAAUGUGGGGGACCUGCCCACCUUCUUCACCUGGGAGUUCUCCAGCCCAUUCCAUGUACUGCCCACCACGGGGCUGCUGGAGCCAGGCCAGGCUUCCUACACCAAGGUGACCUUUCACCCCCUUUUGGCCAUCAUCUAUGAAGUUCAGGCCACAUGCUGGUAUGGAGAGGGCAGUAAGCAGAAGAGCAGCAUCCAGUUGCAGGCUGUGGCCAAAUGCGCCCAGCUGCUGGUGAGCAUAAAGCAGAAGCGACCAGAGGACCAGGAUGCUGAAGGCAUCCAGAAAGUGCUGCACUUCGGCACCGUCGCUGUGGGCUGCACCGCUGAGAGGCACAUCAAGCUCUAUAACCCUUCGGCAGUGAGCGCCCCCUUCCGGAUCGAAGUAGCCUCAGACAUGCUGGCCAAAGAUCAUACCUUCUCGUGCCCCACUACCAAUGGCAUUGUGCCUCCAGGAGGGGAGAAGUUAGUGUCCGUGUCCUUUCACCCCGAGACCUUGGACGUCAGAACUAUUGACUACUUGUCCAUCAUGCCAUCUGGCUGUGCCUCCCAAACCCUGCUCAAAGUCGUUGGUUUCUGUAGAGGUCCUGAUGUGUCCCUGAAACACGGCUCUGUCAACUUCAGCUGGGUCAACCUUGGGCAGAUCUCGGAGCAGUCCCUGUGGAUUGAGAACAAGUCGGACUGCACAGCCUACUUCCAGUUUGCCAUUGACUGCCAAGAGAGUAUCUUCAGCAUCAGACCAGCCUUUGGGACCCUGGUGGGCAAGGCCCGCAUGACCUUGCACUGUACCUUCCAGCCCACUCACCCCAUCAUCUACUUUCGGCGUGUGGCCUGUCUCAUCCACCACCAGGACCCGCUGUUUCUGGACCUGAUUGGGACCUGCCACUCGGACAGCACCAAGCCAGCCAUCCUGAGGCCUCAGCACCUCGCUUGGUACCACACACACCUGGCACGGGGCCUUACGUUCUACCCUCCUGACAUCCUGGGCAUCUUGCUGCGGGAGAAGAAGCUGGAGCAAGAUGAGAAUGGGGCCCUCAGGAUUCCCACUGAGGACCUGGCGGACGCGUCAGCCCUGAAGUAUCCUCUCAUUCCUCCCAUGACUGAGUACUUCUUCGAUGGUACCAGCGACCUAGCCAUCUUCCCCCCACCUGUCAGCAUAGAGCCCACUGACGUGGAUUUUGGUGCCUGCCCUGGGCCCAAGAACCCCAACCCUGUCCCCCUGUGCUUGAUGAACCACACCAAGGGCACGAUCACGGUGGUCUGGACGCAGAGGUCUGACUGCCCCUUCUGGGUGACCCCAGACACCUGUGACGUGCCUCCACUCAAGUCCAUGGCCAUGCGCCUGCACUUCCAUCCACCUUACCCCAACUGCCUGUACGCCGUGGAGCUCGAGGCCUUCGCUUUUUAUAAGGUCCUGCGGAGCUACAGUAACAUCGAGGAGGACUGUACCGUGUGUCCCUCCUGGUGCCUGACCCUCCGGGCACGAGGCCACAGCUAUCAUGCUGCCCUGGAGCACCACAUCCCUCAGUAUUCCUUGCACGCCCCCAAGCUCUUUCCUGCAGUGUCCCCCAACGAACCCUCCUACCGUAGCCUGCUGUUGAUCAACAAAGGCUCCAUGAUGUUGACCUUCAACUUGGCCCCCCAAAGCAGCUCAGACAUCUCCCUGCGUCCCAGCUCUGGCCUCGUGGCCCCCAAGGCCCACCAGAUCUUCCUCGUCUGUACCUACCCCAAGGGCAACUCCUGGAAGCAGCAUGUUUUCUACCUGCAGUUCAAUUUUUGCCUCCGGUAUCUCAAGGAGGUAAGCAUGCAGAGCCGGGAGGAGGCUCUGCAGCUGAAGCUGGACACCUGUAAGCGCGUGUUCUUCAAGCCCACCUGGGUGGGCUGCUCCUCCACCAGCCUCUUCACCGUCCGCAACCCCUCGCGUCUGCCCCUGGAGUUUGAAUGGAGGAUUUCCCAGCCGCACCGAAAGAUGCUGGCCGUCCAGCCUGCUCAGGGACUUAUCCAGCCCAGUGAGAGCCUUACGCUGACGUGGACCUUCAGCCCUCUGGAGGAGACCAAGUACCUGUUCCGAGUGGGGAUGUGGGUCUGGGAAGCCGGUCUGCCCCCAGACACCAGGCCCCCAGCCACCACCCACUACAUGCUCCGGCUGGUGGGUGUCGGCAUCACCAGCAGCCUCUCCGCGAAGGAAAAGGAGCUGGAUUUUGGGAACGUGCUGGUGAACAGCAAGCAGUCCAGGUUGCUGAUGCUUCUGAACGAUGGCAACUGCACUCUUUAUUAUCGCCUGUUCCUGGAGCAGUGCAGCCCUGAGGUCGUGGACGACAGCCCGCUCGCCUUGCAGCUGGACCGCACAGAGGGGAGCAUGCCACCCCGGUCCCAGGACACCAUCUGCUUGACUGCUUGUCCCCACCAGCGGUCCCAGUACUGCUGGAAGAUCAGCUACUCUCUCCUCUCCCACAGAGGUGACGAGGCUGGGAAGAGGCAGGAGCUGUGUCGCGUCUUCCUGACGGCUGUGUACCCCUUACUCUCCAUCCUGGAUGUCUGCUCCAUGGGCAGCGCCAAGGGCAUCACCCGGAAACACCUGUGGCGCCUCUUUUCCCUGGACAGUCUCAACACUUACUUGGAGCGUGAUCCCACGCCCUGGGAGCUCACCUACAAGGUGCCCACCCGGCACAGCACGAGCCAGAUCCCCACCGUCUUCACCCCUCUGAAGCUUGACUUCAAUUUUGGGGCAGCACCAAUAGAGGUCCUACCCUCAGUGGUGCUCUUGGCCCUGAAGAACAGCGGAGUGGUGGCCCUGGACUGGCUCCCGGCGUUCGCCAACCUGCAGGAGGCGCUGCUGGAGAACAUGAUCCAGAACAUCCUGGUGGAGGCGAGCCGCGGGGAGGUGGUGCUCACCUCGCGGCCGCGCGUCAUCGCCCUGCCGCCGCUCAGCGUUUCCAGGAUUGAGACUCCCGACUUGCUUUCGGCGGCGGCCCUCGGGCUGCAGCACGCCGAGGUGCCCCGCCUGGUGGCGCGGCCCCCUACCGACUCUUUGAGGAUGCCACAGCCCAGCCCCUCCGACUUGCUGCCCUCAGGGCCCCCCUCUCCACCGCCCCACCACUAA